AUGGGUACUCAGAGUCUCAAAAGACCCGGGGAAGGCGAGCCCAAGGACCCAGAGAGCGUCGAAAGACGUAUGAAGCCCCAAUCGUUUGAUCAUAGCUCUUUGAGCGAGCCUGUAUCGACCAUUGAAAUAAUCCCGUCUGAUAAGUUUAAGAAGCAGAAAACAGUCGGCUACAAGCCCAAAGACUCUACGAAUGCAUCACAGACACUGACUCCGACUCAGUUUGAGGAGCAGCUGUCUAGUAUGGACCACGACACCGUAAACGCACAAGAGCAUGGCCAGGAAAAGACUUGGUCACGUGAAUCUCUGCCGUCGGACUUCUCUUCCCAGACACACUCCAUUUCAUUUCAGCAGCUUGACGCAGAACAGAGCUUUAUACCUGGUUAUGUCGACCAGAACACUUCUGCAGUUGUACGAUUUUUCGGUGUAACGGAUCAGGGACACUCGGUUUUGUGCAGUGUUACUGGUUUCAGGCACUACCUGUAUGUGCCAGCACCAGCUGGAUUUACGCAACAAGACAUUCAUGGAUUCCUGGAGUAUCUCAACAGCUCGUAUGACAAUACAGUUGACGAAAUCGAAAUAACUGCUCGUCAGUCAAUCUGGGGAUAUUCAGGGACUGCAAAGCUGCCUUUUUUGAAAAUAUACACCAACAACCCUAACGCUAUCAAUAAACUAAGGACUGGAUUUGAACGCGGGCACAUAAAUUAUAAUGACAGUUGGUUUUCAGGAGGCACAACUAGUUACGACAACAUCGCAUAUCCUCUACGAUUGAUGAUAGAUUGCGGAAUCACAGGUAUGUCUUGGAUAACACUUCCAGAAGGCAAGUAUUCAAUGACGCCUCCAAAUCAGAAAGUGAGCACCUGUCAGCUAGAAGUUCGGAUCAACUUUAAAGAUCUAAUAGCUCGGCCAGCGGAGGGCGAAUGGUCGCACUCGGCUCCAUUAAGAAUUCUCUCCUUUGAUAUCGAGUGUUCUGGCAGAGUUGGCGUAUUCCCGGAGCCUGAUGUUGAUCCAGUCAUCCAAAUUGCGAACGUUGUUAGUGUCGCGGGGAGUUCAAAAUCGUUCAUUCGAAACGUUUUUACAGUGAAUAGCUGCUCGCCUAUUACAGGGUCGCAAAUAUUUGAACACAAGACUGAAAAUGAGAUGCUUAAACACUGGCGUCAAUUCGUGGUCGAGACAGAUCCAGAUGUCAUAAUCGGCUAUAACACUGCCAAUUUCGACUUGCCAUAUCUUAUCGAUAGGGCGCGUGCUCUAAAAAUCGAGGAAUUCCCAUACUUCGGAAGAUUAUCAAAUGUUAAACAAGAGGUGAAAGAGUCUGUGUUUUCUUCAAAAGCGUACGGAACGCGGACAUCAAAGAAUAUUAACAUCGACGGUCGACUACAGCUCGACCUGUUCCAGUUCGUACAGCGAGAGUACAAGUUGAGAUCCUACACUUUGAACGCGGUUUCGGCUCACUUUUUAGGAGAGCAGAAGGAGGAUGUUCAUUACAGCAUUAUUAGCUCACUGCAAAAUGGGGAUUCGGAGACUCGGCGACGCUUGGCGGUUUACUGUUUGAAAGAUGCGUUUCUUCCUUUACGACUCAUGGAAAAACUUAUGGCUUUGGUCAACUACACGGAAAUGGCGCGUGUCACGGGUGUUCCCUUCUCUUACCUUCUUUCUCGUGGUCAACAAAUCAAGGUAGUUUCUCAACUGUUCCGUAAAUGUCUCCAAAUUGACACCGUUAUCCCAAACAUGCAAUCCCAAGGUUCGGAUGAGCAAUAUGAAGGUGCUACUGUCAUCGAGCCGAUCAGAGGGUACUAUGAUCUACCGAUCGCAACCUUGGAUUUCAAUUCUCUUUACCCGAGUAUCAUGAUGGCGCAUAACCUAUGCUACACGACUCUCGCAAGCAAAACAACGGUCGAAACCCUUAAACUGAAAAAGGACGAGGAAUAUAUUAUAACUCCCAAUGGGGACUACUUUGUCACAUCAAAAGUGCGUAGCGGAAUCUUACCAGAAAUUUUGUACGAGUUGAUUAAUGCCAGAAAGAGGGCCAAGAAUGAUCUGAAGGCGGAAAAAGACCCUUUCAAGCGUGAUGUGUUGAAUGGUAGACAGCUCGCUUUGAAAAUUUCGGCGAAUUCGGUCUAUGGAUUUACUGGUGCGACUGUCGGGAAACUACCGUGCUUAGCAAUUUCUUCAUCCGUUACUUCGUUUGGUCGUACUAUGAUUGAAAAGACCAAAGAAGCCGUCGAGGAAAAAUACUCAUUGAAGAACGGGUUUAAGCAUGACGCGGUGGUGGUUUAUGGUGAUACAGACUCUGUGAUGGUGAAAUUUGGCACACAUGAUUUGGCUGAGGCGAUGGAACUCGGCACCGAAGCUGCUGCAUACGUUUCUUCACUUUUCAAGAAUCCUAUAAAUCUAGAGUUUGAAAAAGCAUACUUUCCUUAUUUGCUUAUAAACAAAAAACGGUACGCUGGUCUAUACUGGACAAAUCCAAACAAGUAUGAUAAGCUUGACCAAAAAGGGCUGGCAUCUGUCCGUCGUGAUUCUUGCCCUCUGGUUUCAAUUGUUAUGAACAAAGUGCUCAAAAAAAUCCUAAUCGAUCGGGACGUUGAUGGUGCACUUAAGUUUAUCAAAGAGAUUAUCGAAGAAAUUUUACACAAUCGAGCUGACAUUUCGAAGCUUAUUAUAUCAAAAACGCUUGCUCCAAACUACACAAACCCCCAGCCUCAUGCCGUUCUGACUGAGCGCAUGAAGAAGAGAGACGGAACUGGACCUAAUGUAGGAGAUCGAGUAGAUUACGUUGUUAUUGGUGGAAAUGACAAGCUUUACAAUAGAGCUGAGGAUCCUCUUUAUGUGUUGGAACACAAUAUCCAAAUAGAUUCAAAAUAUUAUUUGACAAACCAGCUUCAGAAUCCUAUUAUAAGUAUCAUUGCACCAAUUAUUGGGGAAAAACAGGCAAAUUCCAUGUUCGUUGUUAAAUCCAUAAAAAUUAGUACAGGAAACGCUAAGGGUGGUUUAAUGGGAUUUAUAAAGAAAGUGCAAACUUGCAAAGGCUGUAAAGGACCGCUCAAAAAAGGUGAAGGUCCUUUGUGUAAAAACUGUUCUUCAAGGUCGGGAGAGCUUUAUGUGCGUGCUCUUUACGAUGUUAGAGACCUUGAAGAAAAGUUUGCGCGGCUCUGGACUCAAUGUCAACGUUGUUCUGGAAGCCUGCAUAAUGAAGUUCUUUGCUCUAACAAAAACUGUGACAUUUUUUACAUGAGAGUGAAAGCUAAGAAAGAGCUUCAGGAAAAGGUUGAAGAACUUGGUAAGUGGUGA